AUGAAACCUGAAAAAAAAAACUUUCAGAAUACUGCCUCAUCGCCGAGCUCAUCAACAUCUGACACCAACUCUCCAGGACAUAGCAAAAAUCUAGGAUCUCCAGACGACGUCAGUGAGGAUUGUUCUACAUCUCCACUAGUACCUUGUGUACUAUCACCAAUACCGGAACGAAAUCAUUGCUCUAACUUUAGUGGCUUAAUAGAAGAAAAGGAUUAUUCGCUACCACCUGGACAGAAUUUGUCGGAAGCUAUUGGAAGUCUGCCGUCUAUUUCAUCACCAAGUUCAAAUGACUGCUUACUUGGUAGCGCAACAAGUGAAAAGGUACUACCUCAACACCGUAUACAGAAUCAAUGUGAAACGGGAAUCGAACGAACCACAUCCUCGUCGAAUCUGCUGGAAGUUACACUUGUAAAAUCUCCUAACCGUGUAGCUAGUCCUCAAAACACGAACAAAAGAGGCAGACCACGGAUACAGGUUGGAGAGCCCACUACAGUAAGAUGUGAAGUCGAUGAAAAUUUGGAGGAAGAAGAGCUUGAUGAGAUCAUCAUAUCCCCAACUAAAGAUCAGAUGUCUAAUUCAUCUAGAACCCUGAAACCCAAUUUCCUAGCUUCUACAACGACCAAUUCGAAUCCAAAUUCGUCUGGAACGCUGGAAACCGAUUUUCUAGAUGAAGAUUCGGUUGUGGACGAGAAUCUGGAGGAUUCGGACGUUGAUGAAAUCGAGAUUUCAUUUAGUCCGAUCUGUAGUUCAAGAGCAGUGUCGAAUGAAAAUGACUCGGGUGUAUUUGAUGGGAUCUCGGUUGGAGGAUGUUCUUUGGAAGAUGGACUUCCCGAUUCUGUUCCAUCUGCCGUGGAAAUUUGUUCGGAGGAUCCUAUUGAAUUGGAUGUUCAAAUAGAGGAUGGUACCCAAACACAGAAUGACUAUGAGCCUGGAAAUUUGGAUCUGCCUUCCUGUCAAUCCGAUGUCCACGAAAAUCCCCUUUUCCCAUCUCCAACAGUGGAAAAUGAAGGAGAAGUCUUGAAUCAAAAAAUUGACUGUUCCAAAGAUUUUGUGAGUAGCGAAGUCCACAAAGCGUCCAGUAAUUGUAACAUGUGUGGCGGAUAUGAUUCAGGAUCUCUUAAUGAUUUCGGAAACGACGAGAUGGUAGCCUUGCCAAAUGCUUUCGUCCGAGAAGAAUUAUCAGAGUUUUUGGAUUUGGGAGCAGGACGCAUUUUGAUGAAGAAAUCCCCUGAAGAACCGUAUACGAUCCCAUUUAGUCGGGUUCAUCUCCCCAACCGAUUCAAGGGUUCUCGAAUUUUCCACUCUUCCAAGGGCAGACUGCCAACAGGCUUCAAAUUCAAGCAGUUGGAUGACACGGCCCAGAACAUCCAGACUACCCCAACCGGUCCAUAUCCUUCAACACCGGAUGAAUGGCACAUCGAAUCGCAGGCCAAAGAUAUUAGGCGUUUUCUUGAGGGACUAGAAACACGGAAUAUGGAUACGUUGAGAGCCAUUGAUGGAGGAAAUGAUAGAAAGAAGAACAGCCUGAAACUUCUGAAGACGGUGUUGAACGAGGAUUUCGCCAAGGAAGAUUUUUCAAAGUAUGCUAAAGUGUAUGAGCAGGAAAUGGAGAUAAUACCUUUUCUGUUUUUGGAGAAUUGGGAGAAAAGUCAAUCGGAGCAAUUGGCGGUGGAAAGGAGCAUUGUGCCGAUUCAGUUGAGACACAGUUUGGAGAGAAUGAGACGCCAAGAACUAGACGAAAUCUGGACGGAACAGUUCACCAAAUACCGCACCCAAUAUGAUCUGGAUCAUUUCAAAAUCAGCAUGAACUCGAAUGCAUUUCGGAGCUAUGUUGGACCCUGGGAAGCUGGCAGAGUGGCAUUUGUCGCCAACUUUCAAGGAUACAUUGAGCGGAUUCUUCGAUUCCAUUUUCGAGAAAUAUCAAACACUGAAAUUGAGUAUCUUGUAGAGGAGUUCUCAAAAGCUAAAACCAACUUGAAACAGAAUCUGAAGAAGGAGCUUAUUGAGCAAAAAUGGAUGCCAAAGAUUUCUCAAAAUGAAGGGAAGCUAUUAAGAAUGGCCUAUUAUAGGAAUUGGAAUAGCUUGGAAGGAUUCAAAAUAGCUACGAUGAGUGUUGAGACGUGCAGUGCUACGAUAAAGCAUAACUUCAAUUCCCAAAGAAACGGAUCAAGAGAAUGGGAGAGCUUUGAAGUGUUUCUUCAGAACUUGGUGAAAAGAAAUCCGAAGCUCAUCAAGGUCCUUCCUUGGGUGAUAAGAGAUCCUCCAGCCGAGACAUCCAAGCGUCUUCAACCACAUCGAGCAGCAAAAACAUGGACCGAUAAAGAGCUGCCGGAUAUUACGGAGUAUCCACCAACAAAGAUAAUUGGGAAUGGGGUGAAUUAUGAAGAUUCGGGUGGUAUCCCGUUGUUCGGAGGAGUUCUAGGAGGGGAUAAAGAGCAGAAGAAGGAAGACAGUGGGAGAGAAGUUUCGACCUUCAAAUUUGCACACUACCCCAAAAAUUGGGUCCAUGAUCCGAACUCCGAAAUCGACGAGAUCCCUCUAGAAGGGGUGUUGGCUGAAGUCACCAGAAGGGCCAUAAAGCGAGAGGCUCUAGAAGUUUCUAAAGACAAGCAACCUGCCAAAAAGAAGUCUAGGAUUGUUUUUUGUUGUAUUGUGUUCUCAAUAGGUCGUGUUUUAGAAUUAAUAGUUUUAAAGGGUCACAGUUUCAAAAUGUUUGUUAAUUUAGAUUUGAACAUGAACAUUAAUAGUACGGUCGGAAAUCGAAAAUAUUUCG